UCCUGCCCCCAAUUCCAAUUGCGUCCACCACUCCGAAACAAGAAGCAGAGCACACGCCACCGCACCGCGCUUCAGCCGUUCUUGCGGCGGCGGCGGCUGCAAGAAUCCGCAAGAAUGGGCGUCGUGGAGUGGACGCGGGGUCCGACGAUCGGCAGGGGCUCCUCCGCCACUGUGUCGCUCGCCGUCGAUCGCCUGACGGGCGAACUGCUCGCGGUGAAGUCCGUGGGCGCCGAUCGGGCCGCCGAGCUCCGCCGGGAGCACAGCAUCCUCUGCGGCCUGAGCUCGCCCUACGUUGUGCGCUGCCUUGGCUCGGAAGUAUCCGCAUCGGCGGACGAGAGCGGCAGAUGCUUCGACAUGCUCAUGGAGUACGCGCCGGGCGGGUCGCUGGCCGACGAGAUCAGGCGGCGCGGCGGGCGGUGCGAGGAGGUCCUGAUCCGGUCCCGCGCGCGCGACAUCCUACUGGGGCUGGCGCACGCGCACGCCGCCGGUGUCGCGCACUGCGACGUCAAGGGCCGGAACGUGCUCAUUGGCGCCGACGGCCGCGCCAUGAUCGCCGACUUCGGGUGCGCGCGGCGGCUGGGCAGCAGCGGCAUUGCGGGUGAGAGGCUGGUGGGCGGCGGCACGCCGGCCUUCAUGGCGCCGGAGGCCGCGCGGGGCGAGACGCAGGGCCCGGCCGCGGACAUUUGGGCGCUCGGCUGCACGAUCAUCGAGAUGGCCACCAGCGCCGCGCCGUGGCAGCGGUUCGGCAGCUCCGUGGCGACGCUGCACCACGUCGCGUUCGCCGGUGAGGCGCCGGAGCUCCCGCGGUGGCUGUCGGAGGAAGGCAAGGACUUCCUGGGCAGGUGUUUGCUCCAGGACGCCGCAAAGCGGUGGACGGCGGAGCAGCUGCUCGAGCACGAGUUCGUGGCAACAGCCGCUGUGUUGCCAUCCAGCUCCGUGCAGGGGAUCGCCGAGAAGGGGAUGUUCGUGUCUCCAAAGAGCGUCCUAGACCAGGCAUUGUGGGAGGACGACGACGACACGACGGCGAACACAGCUACGGCCUGCCCCAUCGACAGAGUCCGCGGCCUGGCCGCCGGCGCGCCGGACUGGACCUGGGACGCGAGCUGGAUCACGGUACAUUCCUCCGGCCCCACCGUCCACGACGACGACGAGCGCGCAAUGUCGCCGGAGGCGGAUACCGACGGCGAUUCUCCCGUGGGCGGCAGCAGCUCCGCCGGGGGUGUGGCUGACGCUGGGGCCUCGAACAGCCAGGCCUCAUCACAUGCCGACGGCGAUCGUCACGAUGACACGAGCAGCUGUAAAUGUAAUGGGGAGCGGAGUGAUGAUGGUGAUCACGUGAUUAGUAGCCAUUGUACAGCCAUUCUUCCAAUCACAAGCAAUGGAUUCUUUUCGGAUACAAUGCGGUUGAAGACGAAAGCUGCCGGCGUUUUUGUCCGCACCUUCGCCUUUGUUGUCGCCGACGUCGGCAUCCUCGUCGCAGAAGGAGAAUGA